GGAACUCAUCUACCGUUUGCUCCCAUUCUGGGACCGGUGUUCUUUUCUUUUCUUUUUUUUUUUUUUUGAAAAAGAACAGAAAUUGAGUUAUUUAUGGAAACUUCUGCAGAGUUCCUGUAAAAAGUGAUUUAUUUAUUCUGUCUAAUUUACUGAAAGUGAACUUUCACUGCCUGGCUGUGAAGAUUGUAGGAUUGUGAAAUUUAAUUAACGAUCAGUCAACUUUCCUACAGUCUGGACUGAUCUCUGAUCCCUGAUAAUGAUAAAAUGUUCACUAUAUGGAGAUCUGAGUCCAUGAUUAUUUUUAUAUCCUUUCAUAGGUUUUGCACGUCUUGCGUUUCUUAAGAUCCCUCUAAUCCCUGCCUUAUCUAUGCAAGGUACAUACAAUAUAAGUUUUUGUGUUGUCACAAUUCAUUUAUAGCAUUGUUAAUUUUUUUUAGGAUGACUGGGUGUGUAUUCAACUAUGAGCACCUUUAUGCCUCGGGAUGAUAAUUUUAUUUUAUUUUUUUCUAAUUGUUACAGUAUGUGGAGGUCAUGUUAACCUUUUAUCAUGCCUUUGAAAUAUUUUUUGUCUACAUUUAUCAAUUUUAUUUUCAUUUUUUAAUGUAAAGAUUUUGUGUUACGCUUGUCACAGACCCAGACAUUCAAUGUCAAACUAUUAAAAUCCAAAAUAAAUAUGUCUUCUUGCAUGAUAUGUGGUGUAGUGGACUAUGCACACGCUUUGGACGUGUGUCCCCGAGAUGUUGGGGGUGAGGUCCAUUCUUACCCCUACUUUCCUUUUAUUUGUUUAGGCCUAUUUAUUUAUUUUUUAGCAAAAUAAGAUAUAGGAUAGGCCUAUAUAUAGGAUAUAGUUACAUCUUGUGAAACGUUAGUGAUCCAAACUGUGAUGCAAUUUAGGACAGCUACAUUAUGAUAUGCCUUCCCCCUUUUUUUUAUUCCACAGUGACAUUUGCACCACAGAGUGCUAUCGGACACAUUCAGACACAAUAAUUAUCCUAAGAUGCUUGUAUCCACUUAAACACAAGACCAAUUAAAGAAACCAGUGAAAAGCGUGAUUUCGUUUGAUUUUUCAGAAGUCCACAGGACGUCCCUACGCUGUUGAAGAAACACUAUAAUCUUAUUAGUUGUUUACUACAUUUCGAGAGUGUAUAUUGGCACAAUUUAAAGAUGCUGUCAGCAAAGAACCCUCUCAAAACACCAAAAACAGUCACGAGGAGUUUGAGGAAACUCCUGUUUGCGCUAUUUGCAUUAAGUGCCACUAUUUAAGGAGCUCAUUGGCUGCUCCGGCGGCGCAAGCCCCGCCCCCGCCCAGCUGAGCCUCCGGAUUGGCUGCUCCGCUCGCCUGUCACCGAGACACCAGCGGAGGCACGAGUUCGCGCUGCUCUCGCUGGAGUGUGAUCAGUUUGAGCCGCGUAGCGGGGCUCAGCGAGACCUGAUGCACAAGUCAAGGCGACGCGCAGCGGUGAUGAAGCCGGAUUGGCUCUGAUUUUUAAAAGCCCUUUCAUUCAAGAGGCUGUCCAUUAUCAACAUGGCAGAACCGUCGUAUCCAGUACCCCCUCGAAAAAUGGCGUCACUUAGCCGGGUCCGAGCUUUAACUCUGAUUUUCUUAACUGCAAGCAGUUAUUUAAUUACUCCCACAAGUGGCAAGGAAGGAGGGGGAGAGGAGACGGUCAUCAUCGGGCUGAGACUUGAGGACACGGACGACAUUUCCUUCAUGGACAGGGGCUAUCUGCGGGUCAGCGAGAGGUCUCGGGUGAGAUUGAGGGUGUACGGGCAAAACAUCAACAAUGAGACGUGGUCCAAAAUCGCCUUCACGGAGCACGAGAGGAGCCGAGUGAUUGGCACCAUUGACAGAUCCUCGGGGGACAACAAGAGUCAGGAGGACACGUCGGGCUUGCACCCCUGUGGCAUCAGGACCUCGGAUAUCCUCAUCCUGCCCAACAUCAUUCUGAACCGCAAGACAUCUGGCAUCGUGGAGCUCGAGGUCAAGCCUCUGCGAAAGACUGAGAGGAGCAAAGCGUACUACCUGUGCAUCGCCACCUCCACACCUGCCGCGGCGGGCGCGCACGACCCGUGGACGGAGAACACGUGGAUCUAUCACGACGGAGAGGACACCAGAGUGAUCGUGGUGGAGGAGAGGAAGUUCCUGCUCCCUUUCUGGCUCCAGGUCUUCUUCAUUUCCACGUUGCUCUGCCUCUCGGGCAUGUUCAGCGGCUUGAACCUGGGUCUGAUGGCGCUGGAUCCCAUGGAGCUGCAGAUCGUCCAGAACUGCGGGACGGAGAAGGAGAAGAACUACGCCAGGAAGAUCGAGCCCGUCAGGAGCCAAGGAAACUACCUGCUUUGCUCGCUUCUUCUGGGGAAUGUUCUGGUCAACACCACCUUGACCAUCCUGCUGGAUGAUAUCGCCGGUUCUGGAUUGAUAGCUGUAGUGAUGUCCACCAUCGGCAUCGUCAUAUUUGGAGAGAUUGUGCCUCAAGCGAUAUGUUCACGACACGGUCUUGCUGUGGGAGCGAAUACAAUCUUCUUGACCAAAUUCUUCAUGCUCCUCACUUUCCCCGCGUCCUAUCCGGUAAGUAAACUGCUCGACUAUCUCCUCGGACAGGAGAUUGGUACGGUGUACAACCGAGAGAAGCUCUUGGAGAUGUUGAGGGUCACGGAUCCUUAUAAUGACUUGGUGAAAGAGGAGCUGAACAUCAUUCAGGGCGCGCUGGAGCUCAGGACUAAGACCGUGGAAGAUGUCAUGACCCCGUUGCGCGACUGCUUCAUGAUCGCCGGCGACGCGUCGCUCGAUUUCAACAGCAUGAGCGAGAUCAUGGAGAGCGGCUACACGCGCAUCCCGGUGUUCGAGGGCGACAGGUCCAACAUCGUGGACCUGCUGCUCGUCAAGGACCUUGCGUUUGUGGAUCCCGACGACUGCACCCCGCUGAAGACGAUCACCAAGUUCUACAGCCAUCCCUUACAUUUCGUCUUCAACGACACUAAACUCGACGCGAUGCUGGAGGAGUUCAAGAAAGGUAAAUCUCACCUGGCAAUAGUCCAGCGGGUUAACAACGAAGGAGAAGGCGACCCAUUUUAUGAAGUGCUUGGCAUUGUCACCCUAGAGGACGUCAUUGAAGAAAUCAUCAAGUCUGAAAUCCUGGAUGAGACAGACUUAUAUACCGACAACAAAACAAAAAAGAAAAUCACCCAUCGAGAGAGGAAGCAGGAUUUCUCGGCUUUCAAGCACAUGGACAAUGAAAUGAAGGUUAAAAUAUCACCUCAGCUUCUACUGGCUACUCUGCGUUUCCUAGCUACAGAAGUAGAAGCAUUUAGUCCAAACCAGAUGUCUGAGAAGAUCCUUCUACGUCUCCUCAAGCACCCCAACGUCAUCCAGGAGCUCAAAUAUAAUGAGAAGAAUAAGAAGGCCGUCGAACAUUACCUCUUCCACCGCAACAAGCCUGUGGACCAUUUCAUCCUCAUUCUGCAGGGGAAGGUGGAGGUGGAGGCAGGGAAGGAGGGAAUGAAGUUUGAAGCUGGAGCGUUCUCCUCGUAUGGGAUGAUGGCUCUCACCACGUCUCCAGAAAACAAAUCCCCCCCUCGGUCAUUUGGACUGAACCAUUCUGACUCGUUAAAUCGUAGCGAGCGGAUUGAAGCCAUCACACCGUCACUGGGCAGCAGUAACCAUCAGCUCAAUGCCUUCCUGCAGAUGUAUGUGCCGGACUAUUCUGUCAGAGCUUUGUCAGACGUACAGUAUAUUAAGGUGACGCGCCAGCAGUAUCAGAACGCCAUCAUGGCGUCCCGCAUGGACAAGACGCCACAGUCCUCAGAGAGCGAGUACACCAAAAUCGAAUUGACUUUGACAGACCUCCAUGAUGGAGUGACUGAUGAAACCACCACCCUGUUCAACCAGACACAGAACUGUGUGGCCCACAACAAGACGAACCACACAGGCCACAGCGAGGGGGCCAUCUAGCCCUCAGUGGGGUGGUAGAGCGAAACCCUGGAGCUGCUCACCACCCCAAACCACUCCACUCUGGUAGCGCAAUACUACUACUGGGACCUGAGCUUGGGUUGACCCAAGGCAAAAUGGGAUACUCCAGAGACCCGGUCUGGUCCCAUUCAUUCAGAUUAACCAUGGCGUCUAUGUUCCCCAGACCAAAGAGUUUGGAGGAUGGACAGUUUUUUUCUCCAGCUACACUGGAACUGCCCAGGGAUGUUCACAAACACAAAGGAAAAACUCCAGGCAGAUGUUGUAAUAGGGUUAAUCAAAGACUGUUCCAAAUACUGCUUUGAAGGAAACCGUGAACCAAGAGGAUACUACUCACAUAUUUAUUUAUUUUGUAUGCAUUUGUACAUACGUGCAUGUCUGAGGAUUUAAUUGUGGGCACAUGCAAGCACCAGUCUGUAAAUUGUGCAUGUGUAUGUGUGUGCCUCUAUGAGUGUCACUGAUAUCAUGCACAUGCUAUAUAUAUAUAUAUAUAUACAUAGUUAAAAAUAUGUACCGGUGAGGGUCUUUUACAUGUAUAUUUCAGAAAUGCUUAUUUUUAUUGUUCUAAAUCUGAUAUAUCCCUUAGUACCUAUUACUUCUUUUAAAAAAAUGAAUCACUAUAUUGCCUUUAAAAAAUCGUAUUAAUUUUUAACAAGUGCAAUGAAACACAUUUUAUUUAAAAGAUGAUUUAUCAUGAUUACUGUAUUGUAAAUUCUAGUUCUAUUUCAUGCAUGUAUUGUAUCACAUCUGUAUAUCUGUUCAGAGAUAUUUUGGAUUCACUUCCAAGGAUGAACAGAUCCUAUUUGUCUGCUUUAAACGUUUAAUUCCAUCAAUGGCAUAAUAACUUCUCAUUUAAAUCUGAAGGCAGUCUGUCAGGACUUCAUGCAAGGGAGAUUCCUAAAUAAAUCUAGGCUUUAACAAAAUCAUUAAAACAACUACUACAUUAAAUUGUUCUACCCAUAAUGUGUCUGUAAGAAAGGUGCCAUGGUGUUUAAAUGGCUGUACUUGUGUGUAUUACCUUUAUGUAUAUAAUGUUGACUAUAAUUUUUAUUUAUAUGAAUGCUGGAAACUCCUGCUAUGCAUAUGUGUUUAGUAUUAUACACAUUUAUACACUCAAAAUGAAAAUGUAUGCACUCCAGGGGCCAUACAUGAGUUUGUUUCUUUGUGGAAACAGAUUUGAAGAAAUUUUGCAAUGGUUCCUCUGCAGUGAAUGGGUGCCGUCAGAAUGAGAAUCCAAAAUUGUAUUUGUAUAAUAAAUAAUUCUCCAGUGAAAAACUGAUCUUGGCUGAAUCAGGAGAGAUAUAUAUGCACAGAUCAAGCACUGUUUACAUGCAAAAACAGCUCUAAACAAAUAUGUUUGUGGAUUUUAAUGCAAGAGUACAAUGGGGGGUGAAUUUUACUGGAGACAUCAAUAUUAUUAUUAUAAACUAAUAACAGACUAUGGCCAGAAGCAGAGGUUUAAAGUAAAAAAAAAAAAAAUAUUGAUGGAUUUCUUUCUUACAAACACGCAGCAUGUGGAUCAAUCUGGAUGUGGACAUACUUUUUUUUAUCAGCUGUUUAGACUCUCAUUUUGACGGCACCCAUUCACUGCAGAAGAUCCAUUGGUGAGUUAUUGACGUAAAGCCACAUUUCUCCAAAUCUGUAUUCAUGAAGGGACAAAGUCAUCUACAUCUUGGAUCGCAUGAGGGUGAGUACAUAUUGAGUAAAUUUUCAUUUUAGUGUGAACUAUUCCUUUAAUCACGAACCACUUAUAUUUUCUCUGUUGCCAUACCUUUUUUUUUUUUUUUUUUUGACCCAACCGCCAAGAUAAUCAAACAGCAUACAACUUAUUCCUCUAACUAUUCCUAUAUGUUAUUAUAGGUGGCAGCUGCAUGACCCUGUUUCUACAGUGUCAGACUUUGUGGUAAAUCUGACUCAGGCAGCUUUUAAGACAUUGCCCUUGAUGUUUUCAUGUGUCCAAAUGCUUAUUUGAACCAGAGUAGAUUAAUAACAGUAAUGCCUUACUUGCAUCAUUGAUACCUGAGUCAGUACCACAGACAGCCACUGCUUGGCACUAUGCUCUAACAAUUUAGCCUAAAUGUAUCUUGACAAUGUUGUCAUCUUAAAACUGAUGCUCUUUAUACCAAAGAAUAUACUUAAAGAGGUGAGAUCAGAUUGUUGGGCUUUAUUCAGUAAAUUAAAGCCAACUUUGAUUUAUUUUUUGUUUUUCUUCCUAGGCAGAUGCUCUUUUUGGGUUUAAUACAGGUUCUGGGUUUUAAAAAUAUUUUUUUUUCUAAUUUGCUUUGUUUAUGAAUUGUAGCUACUUUGAACUAAAAUGUAAACCCUAGGGAGAAAAAUGGUUCUAGAAAGUGCCAUUAAACAUUCAUCAGUUUCA